GGAAGAGCACCGGACUGCGAAGACCCCCCGGUCACCUACCCAGCCGGGUACAGCCUGUGGGCGAAGUGCGAAUUUAAAUCCCGCCUCCCCGACACGUAUCCUGUGCAAAAGUAUCGUACUCGUAUAAAUGCAGGUCGUUCAUGACAGAUCUGCUUUUUUAGCUUGUUCUGCAUGACAAAUUUCAUUUUUCCUCUAGAAAAAAUUUGUCAUGCGUUUUGUACUAGUGCGAUGCUUUUGUGAUGCAUAACACGGCGAAACGCACCGUGACCGCCUACACGCACUUCGCCGGCGACCCGGAGUGCCGCCAGCACCUCCGGCUGCGGCUGUUGGUGCGGCGAAGAGCAGUUUCCGGAGAGCAACUUGUUUUCCCGGUUUGGUCAGAAAUCGUGUUUGAAACGCCGUUCCUGCCCUUGUUUCAGUUCGACUUACCGGAGGGGGAGGACACGUUUUUGCUUUUGUUGGAGGGAAACAUGUCGAAACCCGUUAUCGAACCGGUGUACUACGUGCACUUGUUUGAGCAACUCACCGAACCAACACCCGCGAUCGCGCUGGAACCCUUCAGCGAGAGUUACGACGCGAAAAAAAUCGGGUUUUCCAACAGAAAGUUGUACGAAGUGGCUUUGUCGGACCUGAAAACCUUCGAUCCGUUGAUUCUCCGGGAACGAAUCACGGUGGCAGCCGAGCCGGUUUCGGAAGAGGAGCCAGCGGUGGUCUCCGCGUCCAUGCGGGUAACCUGCAACUUUCCCGACGUUUUUUUUAUCGCGAAAUUGGUGUUGCAGCACCCGCCAAAGGAGGAGUUUCGGCCGGCGAUGAAGGACAGAUGGCAGUCGGGGGAGGAAGUUACGGAGGAAGAGGAAUUGCCGGCGCUGGAAUCGAAUGUUAACGUAGAUCCGGAGGAAUUCGGCGGGAGGAAAAAUUGGCUGUCCAGUCUGGAAACCAUGUGCACGAUGGAGGGCAAGGACGCGGUUUCUUUUAUCCUGAUUGAAAACGUCCCCACACCAGAGUCAAGACGGGAAAUCUGCUAGACAAAUCACACAGCUUUGGUUGUUUGGCAUGAUAAGUUUGUCCUCGUAGUGUGGUCCUGUUUAGCUCGCUCAGAAUCAUCACAGAUCUAGCAUAGCAUGCCGAUCCUCGCAUCACAAAUCCCAAAACACGCAAAACGAAAUGCUUCUCAUAGGGCUCCGCAUGAGAAACUUUUUUGGCAUGCAGAAUUGCACGACAACUCUGGGGUGGGAACGUUUUUACUCAGGAUAUCCUUCCCGCACCUGGAGCUCCAGGGCAACGCGACCUACAUCCUGCAGAUCGAACUAGACAGCAGCCGGUGCGUGGAGAGAACGGAGGUGCCGGUGAACAAUGCGGAAAUAGUCGCCUCUGAGGCGAAUGGAGAGGAGCCAGCGGAAGAGGAGGAAGGAGCAGCUGAGAAGCCAGAGCCGUACAAAUGGCGGUUAGAAAUAUUCGCCGACGGAGAUCUGCAGGUCGGAAACGACACCACUGAGUUUGACUUGGAAGCGAUUGUCAUGAAGAAAUGGGCGAAACUGGCGGGCGUCCCCGCGGCGGAAAGGGAAGAAAAGGCGGAGGUAGCGAGGAAAGAAUGGCUCGAAGGAGGGGAUCAAGGGUAUAUUAUGAAAACCGUAUAACGUUUCUUGUAGGUGUGGCUCCUGAAUUAUCAUCGGUUGUAACAGACGGCAAGCAUCUUCCUGUAUCGUGAUGGUGCUUUUUGCAAAGUCUAAAUCAAGAUCAACUUUUUGAGUUGGCCGGGUCCACCUGAAGCUCAUGCUCAAUGUGUGAAACAAAAAGAUGUGAAAAUAGAGUAGGCGUGAGCCUGCGGGCCUAAAUUCCGGUGGGUUGGUCGGUUGGUUGGUUGGUUUUGGACAGACGACAUUUGAGCGAAUUUCCGAUGUAUGGAAACACGGCUUCGGGGUUCGGGCGCAGGAUGGGCCUGCAGCUGCAGGCAGUUGUCCGUAACUUCCUCCGGUGGGUUGGUCGGUUAUGUACAACGCAGAACCAAGUUAAUCUCCGCUGCGCGCAGCACAAAUCUGUGCUGCGCACAAAUCUGUGCUGCGUGUUGCGCGCAAAUCUGUGUUGCGCGCAGCUCGCCGGAGACACAAAUCUGUGCUGCGUGGACGCAAAUCUGUGUUGCGCGCAGCGCAAAUCAGUGUUGCGCGCAGCUCGCCGCAGACACAAAUCUGUGCUGCGUCGACGCAAUCGGAGCUCCGGGGGGCCUCGUGAGGAUUUGCGCGAGAUAGAAAGAGGUCGGGGCUCCAGUGCUGCACUUUUCUCCAGCCAAGACCUGCGCUUCCUCAACCCAAGCAAAACACACUUGGGAAAUAGAGACAAACUCGCGCAAAAUUUGGAUCAGCCCCCGCUUGGUCAUGCCGGGCGGGCGGGGGCUUUUUGCGCAACCCCUUGGCUGCGCGAGCCCCUUGCUUGCAAACCCCUCGAUAAUAAAUUGGGCCCCUGAGCAUGCAGCUGCUCUCCCGCCCGGCUUCUCUUGAAGGCAGCCAAAGAAUGAAAGUUCCACUUCUUGCCUGCCUUCAACAUGUUUUCCCGAAUCGGUUGUAUGAUUUCGGGGCUCCAGGCAGAAAUCCGGGCCGCUGGCUAACAAAUAUUGGGUCGGGCGAUUAAUCUGCGCUGAAUGAUCAAGAAACCCAAACAAAGCCCACACACCUGCAAAGCCUAAUCAGGAAGCCAGCCUCGCGCCGGUUGGGGCUUUUUAGAAGGGUCAAAAAUAUCUAUCGCCCCACCCGCCCACCAGGCUGGUGGGUGGGUAGGUCGGUAGGCGUGGCCAAGGGGCAGCGCACGCUCGUGCCACCCACCCACCAGCGAGGUGGGUGGGUAGGUCGGUGGGCGUGGCCAAUAGGCAGCGCGCGCUCCCUCGCCGCACCCACCCACCAGGCUGGUGGGUGGGUAGGUCGGUAAGCGUGGCCAAGAGGCAGCGCGCGCUCCCUCGCCCCACCCGCCCACCAGGCUGGUGGGUGGAAAGGUCGGUAGGCGUGGCCAAUAGGCGGCGCGCGCUCGUCUCAGACCCCCACCUGCCUGGUGGGUGGGCCGGUCGCUCGGCAGGCGUGGCCAAUAGGCAGCGGAGGCUUGCUCCACCCACCCACCAGGCAGGUGGGCGGGUAGGUCGGUAGGCGUGGCCAAGAGGCAACGCACGCUCACCCCACCCACCCACCAGCGAGGUGGGUGGGUAGGUCGGUAGGCGUGGUCAAUAGGCAGCGCACGCUCGCCCCACCCGCCCACUAGGCCCGUGGGUGGGUAGGUCGGUAGGCGUGGCCAAGGGACAGCGCACGCUCGCCCCGCCCACCCACCAGCGAGGUGGGUGGGUAGGUCGGUGGGCGUGGCCAAUAGGCAGCGCACGCUCGCCGCACCCACCCACCAGGCUGGUGGGUGGGUAGGUCGGUGGGCGUGGCCAAUAGGCAGCGCGCGCUCCCUCGCCCCACCCAUCCACCAGGCUGGUGGGCCGGUAGGUCGGUAGGCGUGGCCAAUAAGCAGCGCGCGCUCCCUCGCCCCACCUACCCACCAGGUGGGUGGGUAGGUCGGUAGGCGUGACCAGUAGGCAGCCGGCUCUGGGUGGAAAGGCACGCAUAGGUAGGUAGGUGGGCCGGUGCGAUCAUGGUAUUGCAAUGAAUCGAAAAGACGCCUGGUAGGUGGGUAGGUAGGCAGCUGCGGCAGUAAUAGUGGAUGAAUCUCAGAAAAACACAAAACACAAUGUAGCGGGUUCGGUGGGUCAAAUGUCGUCUGUCCAAAACCAACCAACCAACCGACCAACCCACCGGAAUUUAGGCCCGCAGGCCCACGCCUAUUGUGAAAAUAUGACAAACAGGGAAUACGAAGCCGUGUUUAUGUGCAACAUCGACACGGCCGAAUCUACGGAAGCAGAAGAUCCGCCAAAAACCAACGCGCAGAAAAUCGAGGAAAAAUACACACACUCCCUAUCCAAGGAUGGGCACAUGAACCCGCACAUGUUGAUAUCAAAUGUAAAAAUGUCUGGGUCUGGAAGGUUGGAGCUUGUGAUGCUAAUUCUGGAUGAUGCAAAAAUCUGUGUUGCAUGAAUGCCAAAAGUUGCCCACUAAGUUGAGAGGAAGUUUCUCAUGCAGGAUAGGCAUGAUAGCGAUAGGGAUCCCGCAGAAUCUGUCAUGCUAGGUCCUGCACUCCAGAUGACAUGGAUCAUGGAAAAUCUGCAUGACAAGUGUCAGAAUCUUCCAGACCCAGAUAUUUUUACAAUCCAUAGCUGAAAUUUCUCUACGACACGCUAGAGAAAGAGCCCCUGAUAUCCUGAGUAAAAACGUACCCACACCAUAGUCAAGAUGGGAAAUCGGCUAGACAAAUCCACAAGUUUUGGCUGUUUUGCAUGACAAAUUUGGAUUCGUAGUGUAGUGCUGUUUGAGCUAGCUUAGCAGCAUCACAGAUCUAGCAUACCAUGCUGAUUGGAGCAUGACAAAUUGCAAAACACGACUAGAAAAUGCUUCUCAUGGGGCUCCGCAUGAGAAACAUUUUCAGCAUGCAGAUUUGCAUUACAACUCUGGUGUGGGUACGUUUUUACUCAGGAUACCUGAUCGAGGUGGACACGGGCAUGGGGCCGAAAUUUGUGGAUUUAUCCAAGGAGGAAGUGGGCACGUCCGAGGCAACCACCCAGAAAUGGGAAGGCUAUAAGGAGGAGUGUUCGAAGUCCAUUGAAAUGAACAAGGAAAACUUUACGAAGGUCGUGGAAUGGUAUAAAGUUUUUGAAGAUGUUCAUGUGGAUGCUUCAUCGAUUUGGGCUUGGUUGGCGCAGCAGUACCCGUAGCGGAUGCAGAAUCAGUUGAAUAUUAUCAGUUGUUACUUUCGCAUAUGAGAAUGAGGGUGCUAAAUGUUGUUUCACGAAAACAGAACGGCUGCUCGUCUUUUGCAGCGCAAUGGCAAUUAUAAAGAACCAAGUAUUAUAAAGAACCAAGUAAAAGAAAAAGAAAAUAAAUGCCUCCUGUGUCUAGGUAUGCCGCGUUACCAUACGGCGAGACGGCACUGACAGAGACGCGCGAAGCGCUAGUCGCCUACACGAACACGCGAUGGGAGAAGCGGGAUGCGUUGAGUGAAACUUUAUUGAAGGAGGAGUUCGACCUCGAAGCACUGAAAACCGCAGUCAGUGAAGCGAUUGAGGCGGAUGUCAAGGUAGUACAAUAUCGUGUGUACUAGUACGAGGACCCUGGGGAAGACGAAGAGUUUAGUACUUGGGUUUGUCAUGCGAGCUGAACAUCCAUGCAUGUUGCAAAAAUGCAUACCAAAACGCUUGAUACUAAUCCAAAAAAACACAGAUCAUCAGCCCGGACCUGGUAUCCUCGGCCGAGGCCCGUGUGGACCUUGAUGCGAGGAUGGCGACUCUGGAAGAAAAAGUGACCGCGUACGAGGAACUAAAGACUGCCCUUGAGGAGCCAGUGGAGGAAGUAACGGAAGAGAGAACGAAGCAGGAAGAGCAGGCGGUGACAUUGGUAUUGAUAAAGAUUUUUUUGUCAUGCAUAACCUGCAGCAGGAGUUCAGAUUCCAGUAUUAUCAAUGCAUAGUCGUGCUGGCCACAACUAACUGCUGGCCUAUUUUUACUCUUAAGUACGCUCCUUGUUACGUUGGUCCCUUCGAAAGAAAGAGCCAGCAAAACAAGAACCUACUUUACUUAGGUCGACGAGCUUCGCGUCGAGCUGGAGGCGGCGCAGGCCACAGUCACCAAAAUCCUCCCGGUGGGGGAGACCGCGGUGCCGCUGGGCGAGCGCUGGGCAGGCCUGUCCGAGAAGGUCGGUGCGAUCACUGCACCACCAGAGGCGGGAGAGGACGAGUAGGUGGGUAUUUAUUUGCUUCGAUUAUGAAUAAUGUGAGGCACCAGGAUCUUCAUAUAGAAGUACACAUCGAGAUCGAGGAACAGAUACAACAAGAACCCAAGUUAGUAGACUAUUGUGUCAAGGUAAAAAACUCAAGCCAGAAAAAAAGAGUAGUACUACCCAUUUGUACGAACCUUCUCCGAUGAACAAGUGUGACACCGUCCUGAUUCGACUCAUAUUAUUCACCUGUAUCAUUUGUAUCGAUGAAAUGUCACCUGUACAAAGGAUGAUUAUCUUGUCGCGGAAGCACAGUCGAUUCGAUUUUUGCACCAGGUCACAUUAGAGGACAACAUCCUUUUUAUUCUGAAUUAGAUUCGAUGACACCGACGAAAAAGGACCAAAACCAGACGAUCGGCACGCUGUUGAGAAUAGUAUCAGAAGCUGAAACAGUAACUGCGAGUAGGUUGAGCAUUUCUGGUUCUUGAUGAAAGCGAGAUUUGUAAAU